CUGCAUGUAUAUAGCGAGGGGUAGCUAACAACUCCGGAACACGUCUGUAUAAUCUGCACGCCCACAAUGUCGCUCGUCCCACGAGAACGCAUACAAACCUACAUCCGCUGCAGCUCCAUGCGCGCUGUUUAAGGGCAGGACAUAAUCUGCCGCUUGAAUUGGAGACGUCAACAUGGCUCUUACAAUCAAGAAACUUGUUUGUUCGAAGCUGUUUCAAGGGGCCCGACUGUGUGGAAGAGCAGGUUCAACAAAAGGAUUUUUGGUGUUGAGGAGUCAUCACGGGAAAGCAGAGGGAUGUGAGCUACAGAUAGCUGAAGGGCAGACAUGGCACAAUGAACUUGGCUCCAAAAUGGUGGUAACUUCAGCUGACCCUGCCACUGGGGUGUUUGGUGGUAUAUACAACAGCAAAGUUGGAGAUGCUGAGAAAUGGUACGUGCUAACUGGGCGGCAAGACAUAGAUGGAGAUACAGUUGGUUGGACAGUCAACUGGAACAACGCCUACAAUAAUGCACACUCGGUGACAACAUGGUCCGGUCAGCAGCAAUUGAGGUGUAGCGACCCUGUAAUUCUGACAACAUGGCUUCUUACACGUCAGACCAGUCCUGAAAAUGACUGGGAAUCCACACAGAUUGGAUCCGACCAAUUCUUCCUCUACGACCCUUCUCCUGAAGCAAAAGAAAAGGCCAAGUUUCACUGUCGAAAUAGCCAUCCAAAGGAUGCAUGAACUAGCUGAUAGCAGGACACUGGACAAAAUGAAAGUAGCUACAUUAGUAAGGAAGUGUGUAAUUCGGUUAAGAAUCACUUCACAAAACCAUCCAAAUGCAGUGCGUGAAUUAGCUGCGAGAGUAGGAGAGAGUAACGGAAAUUAAACUGAACAAACAGAGUAAUUUCUGUGGUUGUUACUGAUAGAGUACACUAUUGAAGCAUAAUUAUCAGUGGAAUUCAGAUUUACUACCAUCUCACUGUAUAAUAGAAGCUACUAGAGUACAAGGGAGAACUACAAAACACAGCCCUUUCAGUAGCACAUAGGUAUUCA